UGAAAAUUUCGCCUCCAGUUUCGAACGAGAUGGCCAAGUUGAUCGACGGCAAGCGGAUCUCCGCCGACAUCCGUGCCGAGCUGCACGAGCAGAUCAAACAAUGGAUGGCCAAAGGGAACCGCGCGCCCCAGCUGACGGCCAUCCUGAUUGGCGACGAUCCGGCGAGUAAAACGUACGUGGCCGUCAAGAUGAAGGCUGCAGCGGAAGUGGGCAUCGUCAGCAAAACGGAACGCUUCGAGGCUGACAUCACCGAGGAAAAGUUGCUGGCGCGGAUUGAGGCGUUGAAUAGCGACGAUGCCGUGGACGGCAUUUUGGUGCAGGUGCCGGUGCCGAGCCACAUCAACGAGCGAAACGUGUGCAACUCGGUGUCCUGCGAGAAAGACGUGGACGGGUUGAACGAACGGAACGCGGGCCGGCUGUACAUGGGCACGGACACGUUGAUUCCGUGCACUGCGCUGGCCGUGCAGGAGCUCAUCAAGCGCAGCCAGGUUGAAACAAUCGGUAAGAAUGCCGUCGUCGUGGGCUGCUCGAAGCUCGCGGGCUUGCCAAUUGCGAUGUUGCUGCACGCCGAAGGUGCGAACGACAUGUGCGCAACGGUGACAAUUUGUCACAAGUUUACUCCGCCGGAGGAGUUGGCGCGGUUCUGCCGAUCGGCAGAUAUUAUCGUGACGGCGACGGGCGUGCCCGGAUUGAUCCGCGGGGAUAUGAUCAAGGAGGGUGCGGCUGUGAUUGAUGUGGGAAUCACGCGCGUUGUGGAUCCGGCCACCGGGAAGGCAAAACUGGUCGGGGAUGUUGACUUUGAAGACGCCCGCAAGGUUGCAGGACACAUCACGCCAGUGCCGGGCGGCGUCGGUCCGAUGACGGUGGCGAUGCUCAUGAAGAACACCUUCAUCGUGGCCAAGAACCAGGCUAUCAAGAGAGCGCAAAACUGAUACCGUAAUAAAGCUAAUUACACCUAGAUAGUGAGCGAUUGACAAUGCAGUAUUUGUUCAGAGGUAUAGGGAAAUGUUUACUCCUUCCCGCCCAUAGUAAAAUCGAGAUUUUUUCGUUUUUCUUCAUUACCAAUUGCUGAUCUGACCAAAUGGUCGAUUCUGAAGUGAAGUGAAGUGAUUUUUUUUUUGGAGCAUUGGUGUUGCCAUGGGCGCUAAAGGGUUAAGUUUUACCUAGUAAAGUACGGUAUG